AUGGUAUUUUGUGUUGCAGAACUUUUGCUCUAUGUUUAUAAAGGUACGUUUACAGAGGUACUAACUAGAGUAGCAGGACUUCUCUUCUUAACCCUUUAACUCCCAAAUCAAAUUCAUAAUUCUCCUUACUGUCAACCAUAUAAUUCUUAUAAUGUUCUUAAGAGAAUUUAGUAUUGGAUCAAUUAAUUAUCCCCAAUUGAUAUUUUUCUUUAUUCUCAUCACUUGUCUGGUUGAUAUUGUAUUGAUAUUGUAAGGAGAAAUUCUGUCUUAGUCACUCAUGGGAAUUAAAGGAUUAAAGGAGAAGAAGAAGAAGAAAUCUUCCCUUUAGAAAAAUUUAAGUACACCUUCUAUUGAAAUUUCAGCCCUUAAAGACUCUCUUGGCAUACAAAAUUUGGUUUACAGAAGUGCUACUUAGGCUAGCAGGACUUCUCUUCUUAAAGGAGAAGAAAAAGAGGAAGAAGAAAAAUAAGAAGAAUUCUUAAUAGUAGAAUUUUUAAAAAGAAGAAUUUUAACCCUAAAACUAGUAGAAUUUUUCCCCAAAAUCAUGUAAAAAACCUGUUCAAACUUAUCAAGUAGAAGUUUUCAUCUUGAUUCUAACAUGAAAUUCUCAUUACUACUUCAAGAAAUUCUUGCAGCAUACAAAAUUUUGAUCUUGGGAGUUGGAAAAAGUUGCAAAAACAAAAAUUUAGUUGGAAAGUUGCAAAAAACUUGCUCUGCACCCCUCUGUUUUGAAUAUUCUACAACUACCUGGCUAUUUACAUGUGAUCUAAUAAUAGAAAAGUUAAUUUCACAAGACAGCUGCAUUCAAACUGUUCCAGAAAUUUCACAAAAAAGCAGGAAAAAGUGAAGCAAAAUAACAGAGAAGUGGUUAGUGACAGGUCUCACUUAACAUUCUACAAUUGUCCAAAUAACUGUGCAAUAUUGUGAGAUAUUUGUACCUGAUUUUCGUAUUAUAUGUAGUCUGUAUGAUGUAGUUGGAUAAUAAAACCUUGUUGAUGUGUCCAAAAUACUUUACUCUUUGCUUUUCCUCCAGGUACUCUUUUACCUUAUCCUGACACAGCAAGGACCUUGGCUAUUGAGAUCAUUAUUAUCUUUCUUCUGGCUUUUAUUGAGGGUGUUAGAAUCUUUUUGGGUAUGUGAGAUUACUUGCAGUUUAUUGCGUCACAUAUGAAUAUACUUUACAGACAUUUGGAAGUAGAAACUGAUAGAACAAGAGAGAUGGAAUUAUGGGACCAGACACAAAUCUGAGUCUGUAAAUAAUACUCUAAGACAGUUUUGAAUGUGUUCUUUAAUACUUGUUAAUUUUAAAUUAGAUAAUUAGGAAUUUUCAAGUAAGCUGGGAUGUACCAGUUGUUCUCCUUUUUUUAAUUUCUGUGAACUUAUUAAUUUUUUAAGAAGUGUGUAAACCAAUUAACCCCCCCCCUCCAAGCUUCUAACUUAAGUUUCACAGUUUGCAUUCUAUCAAAAUAUGAAUUUAAUUUAUUUUGAGGCUUAUUUCUUACCUUGCUUUCUCUUUUGCUCUGCAAAGGUUACAAAGGUAACUUAGCAGAACGUACCAUGGCCCUUGUAUUUUCUGUGGUGCUUGGCAUUCCUGUUCUUUUCAUUGACUUAUUCAUCUUGCUUUGGCAGACGUAUGUGUAAGUAGUUAAAAAAAUGUUGAGUCCUAUGAAGUAAGAUGCAGAUUUUUGUUGGAGCUUAUCUCAGCGUUUGUUUAAUUAAUCUUUUGACUCCUAAGAGUGACCGGGAUCAAAUUUCUCCUCACAGAAUCACUGUUGAAUCAAAUAUAAAGGUUUUUAAGAAUAAAAGAAAUGGUUGCAAACUAAAGAAGCUUGUGAUCAUCAAACAAUCAGUACCAUAGGAAAUGUAAUAAGGAGCAUUAUGGAGAAUGUAGAUAUUGAUGACAGUGUUUGAAGAGACAAGGAGUAGUUUUAUUUAAUCUUGUUGUUCAUUGUGCAUCAAACCCCCCCCCCUGCAUUCUUGAGUGGAGUGAAGUACUAAAUGAGUGAAGUGCCUUGCCCUUGAACAAAAGACAAUGAUGCCAGCCUGGCUUUGAGCCCUUUAUUCCAUAGGCUAUUGCACUCACUCUAGGGCAUAGCGUGCUCCACAAAUACUUAAGUUAGACUCACAAAAACUUAACUUUGUUGUCAUUUUAUUACAUGUAUCAACCCUUUAACACCUAAGAGCAACUAGCAUUUAAUUUUUCUGUACAAUAUCACCCCUAAAUCAAACAUUGGGGUCAAGAUAAUAAAAGAAGUGAUCACCUUGACCUAAGAGGCUCUUGGUUAUGAAUCAAGUUCUCCUUGUCAGCAUCUUAAGAAAUGUAUAAAGAAUGAUAUGGAGAUUACUCAUACCAGUGUUGGGUUUUGAAAGGGUUGAUUAAAAGUAAAGCUGUGUUUUUUUGUUUUGAUUUAGUUUAAGGAUAGAGGUGGUACUGGUCAGUGUUGCCUUGGCAUUUCUUGGUUUUGAGAUGAUUUUCAGUUUUGCUGCCAUUUUCACUUUCAAGAGGUAA